AUGCGGUCUCACAACCACUUGCUUCGCGGCGUGCUAACGUUCGUAGCCGUCUUGACUUUCUGCAUCAUUCUUUUAACAAUAUUUCAUAUUAAAAUAUCAGACGGUCUUUCUAUCACACCACUCCAAGAACGACCUUUCUUUUAUGAGCAGGAGCCCCCACCUGAAGAUCCAAAUCGCUACGAACCGCCAAAGAAGACAUCACCAAAGGAGCCUUUUCAUCGACGACCUCAACACAAAGACGAUAAGGACAAGACAUCUGAACAGAAGCCUAAGAAAAAUGAUCAAUCGAAUACUCAGGAUGACUACUACGAUCUCCACCUCGACCGUGGCGACGAUGCUGAGGAUAAACCAUACUACGACUACCAUCUCUUGACAAGUCUACGGAAUAACAUGGGCUUUUAUAAUAAGAUCGAUGCGAGAAAGACUGGUCAUAAGCUUUUUAACCCGACGAUACUCGAACUUCCUCGCGAUGCUAAUAUCACUCAUGACUUUCUCGUCAUCGCUCGCACAACCCAUGUCGCAAAAGAAAUCAACGGCAAAAAGUACAAAGUCGCUCGUCAAGUAGCAACCUUUGCAAAUCUCACUACCAAUUACCUAGACCGACCUGUUAUCAGAACCGGUGAAUGGUCUACACUGCUGCUGGAGGACUUUGGUGGACCAGAACAUCACUGCAAGAGACAACCCGACAUGGAUAAAUACGUCGGCCCAGAGGAUAUGAAGCUAUUCUGGACACGCUCCGGCGAACCUCUUCUCAUCUUCACCCAUCAAGUCGACGACGACACAAUGUGUCAAGGCCAAUUCCUCAUUGACGUGCGCGCCGCCCUCCCCGAACUCGAACAAGUCCUCGGUCCCGACUACUCAUCACGCCUUCCCCCAAUUCGCUUCGCCGAACCAACAGGUCUCGCUCGCGAACCAGUACCAGGCGAAGAAAACCAUCCUCGAUACCAGCGCGAAAAGAACUGGGCGCUAGCUCAGUCCCCCUUUAGCCCAGACUCCGAGCUUUUGAUGAUGGUGGAGCCGGGACAAUUAUUCCGCUGGAAAUCCGCCGAUGAGCCCGUCGAACCCAUCGUCGCGGCUGAUGACCAGCAAUCAGCUGUUGAAGAACCAUACCCACCGACGGCGAAGCCGGGAAAGACUUGGCAUGGAAAAAAGAGAAAGACAUGCAUUCACGACGUCAUGAUCGACGGUAGCCACGUCCACCAGAGUUCACCCAUGCUAAGUCUUACAAUGUGCAACCGCGGAACAUGUGAGCCCGAUGAGCAAAACACCGUCAUGAUGGGAAUAGUACAGCGACGACAAGACUUCCCGCGCGCUUCGUUUACAUGGUAUGACCGCCGGAUAGCAGUGUAUGAAUCAGCAGCGCCGUACCGAAUGAUCAGCGUGGGCAAGAAACUCACGUACCACGGAGAAUCGGACCUCAGCUAUUCAUGGACCGGCUCAAUGUCGUACUACACCAACCAGACCGAGUUCCCACCGUCGAACCACGGAUAUCUCGACGAUGAGGUGUGGUUGGGCUUUGGCGUCAAGGAUGCAGCUGCUGGGUGGCUGGAUGUUCGGGCCAAGGAUCUCAUUGCAGAUCAUUACAUGUGCCAGGGGGCAUCGGUGGAAUACAGGUAUUAUAGACAGGGUAUUUCGGCAUAG